CAUUUCCAUAAUUCUCCUCAUACAAACACACUCACUCUUCCUUCAUCAAAUCUCCAAGCAACAAAAUCUUGCAGAAUAUUCUUGGAAAUCAAUAUGAACUUCACUACUCUCUUCCUUGCUUUAUGCCUCUUCCUCCAAGGAGUUCUUGGUGAUUUGAUAUGCGAGGAAUUACCAGAGGAAAUGUGUACGUUCUCAAUAGCAAGCAGUGGAAAGAGGUGUUUGCUGGAGAGUCACGUUUCUAGCGAAGGAAAUCUGGAAAUGGAAUGCCAAACUUCAGAAGUGUUUGCAACUAAUAAAAUGCAGGAAUAUAUAGAGACAGAUGAAUGCAUUGGUGCAUGUGGUGUUGACAGGCAAUCUCUUGGCCUGUCUUCAGACUCCCUUCUUGAUUCUAAAUUCAUUGCCAAACUUUGCUCAGCACAGUGUUACAACAAUUGUCCCAAUAUUGUUGAUCUUUACUCCAAUUUGGCUUCUGCUGAAGGAAUAUCUUUGCAUGGACUAUGUUUGUCGCAGAAAACUCGUGCACACCAUGGAACGUCUCAACUUCUGAGCUCUGGUGCUGCUGCUAAGGCUCCAGUUUAUGCUGCUGGUCCAGUUUCUGCUGCAGCUCCUCCUCCUUCUGAAUAUUGAUUUUGAUUGUGCUCCGGCACCCAUGUAAUAAAUGUGUAAGACAGUCCCACUGCCAUUGCCAAUAUCUAUCACAAUUAUCUCUUGGUGAUUUGAUAGAUAAAGUUCUUGUAUUAUUAAAAGUUAUACUCGUGUAAAAUGGGAUGAUACUAUAUGAUGUUUAAUUUUAA